AGGACUGUGGCCGCCGCGCGCCUGGACGCUAGGGCUCUGCAUUCCUCACCCAUUCGCUGCCUCUGCUGGACCCUGCCUCCCUGCUCCCGCCGCCUGCGAGCCCCGAGGCCCGCGCCCCGGGGAGAACGGGGCAAAGGCGCUGCUGAUGUGCCUCCGGCGGGCGCUUCUGAGGGUCGGAAGCCGGGCCUGAGGCUAGGAGGGACCAACCGGAUCCCCAAGUGGCUGGAUUGAGAACAUGGACAGAGACCAGUGCACGGCGUCUAGCCCUGCCCUGCGGCGGUGGCUACUGCUGGGGGCUGUGACUGUGGGGCUCCUGGCCCAAAGCGUCCUGGCGGGGGUGAAGAAGUUUGAUGUGCCCUGUGGAGGGAGAGACUGCAGCGGGGGCUGCCAGUGCUACCCUGAGAAAGGAGGACGGGGUCAACCAGGGCCAGUGGGUCCCCAGGGAUAUACCGGGCCCCCAGGGUUACAAGGAUUCCCAGGACUGCAGGGCCGCAAAGGUGACAAGGGUGAAAGGGGCGCUCCUGGGAUCACAGGACCAAAAGGAGAUGUGGGAGCAAGAGGCGUUUCUGGGUUCCCUGGUGCCGACGGAAUUCCCGGACAUCCUGGGCAAGGUGGACCCAGAGGACCGCCUGGCUAUGAUGGCUGCAAUGGGACCAGGGGAGACGUAGGCCAGCAGGGACCCUCCGGCCCUGGGGGCUUCCCUGGAUCUCCCGGGCCCCAAGGACCCAAAGGGCAGAAAGGCGAGCCUUAUGCUCUAUCUAGUAAGGACCGCGACAAAUACAGGGGUGAACCAGGAGAGCCUGGACUGGGCGGUUUCCAAGGGCCUCCCGGCCGCCCUGGGCCUAUGGGACCGAUGGGUCCUGUUGGAACUCCGGGAAGACCAGGACCACCUGGACCCCCUGGACAAAAAGGACAGCCCGGCAACAGAGGACUUGGUUUUUACGGAGAAAAAGGCGAAAAGGGUGAGAUGGGACUGCCAGGACCCAAUGGAAUUCCAUCAGACAACCAUGAUGCCAGCACCGGGCCCAUGAAGGAAAUAUUCCACCCAGAUCAAUAUAAGGGUGAAAAAGGAAGUGAGGGAGAACCAGGGAGAAUAGGCAUUUCCUUGAAGGGAGAAGAAGGAAUCAUGGGCUUUUCAGGACCACGGGGUGCCCCUGGCUCUGAUGGUGAAAGCGGUUUUCCAGGACAAAAAGGAAGCAGAGGACCUGAUGGUUAUCCAGGCGCUGAUGGACCCCGAGGACCCAAGGGAGAAGUGGGUGACCGAGGUCCCCCGGGUCCACCUGCCUACUCCCCUCAUCCUUCUCUGGCAAAAGGUGGCAGAGGUGACCCAGGACUCCCAGGGGCCCAUGGGGAGCCAGGACUCCGGGGUGAGCAAGGAGACUUCGGCCCACAAGGCCCCCCUGGCCCGUCCAUCAGAGAUAAAGAUGGGAAGAGAGGAUUCCCGGGCGAAAUGGGACCCAAAGGCUUCAUAGGAGACCCGGGCAUCCCUGCGCUAUACCCCGGCCCUCCAGGAACUGACGGAAAGCCAGGGCUCCGAGGACUCCCAGGGCCCGCUGGACCACCUGGGCCAGAUGGUUUCCUUUUCGGCCUUAAAGGAAGAGACGGAGAGCCGGGCUUUCCGGGGUCUUCUGGUUUCCCUGGGGCUCGUGGACAGAAAGGAUGGAAAGGUGAUGAUGGGGACUGUAAAUGCGCAGGUGAUCAGUUAACUGGGGUUCUUCCGGGGCUGCCAGGACCCAAAGGCUUUCCAGGCAUCAACGGAGAGCCAGGAAAGAAAGGGAGCCAAGGAGACCCUGGCCCGCAUGGCAUCCCUGGGUUCCCAGGGUUCAAGGGAUCCCCUGGUGACUUUGGACUUCCUGGACCCAAAGGAAUAAAGGGAGAUUCUAGGACAAUUACCACCAAAGGUGAGAGGGGACAACCAGGUGUCCCAGGUGUGCCUGGUCUGAAAGGUGACGAUGGCAUCCAUGGACGUGAUGGGCUCGAUGGAUUCCCAGGCCUUCCAGGCCCUCCUGGUGACGGCAUCAAAGGGCCUCCAGGGGACGCAGGUUACCAAGGACCACCUGGCACUAAAGGCAUUCCAGGAGAAAGGGGCCCCCCAGGAUUGGGUCUGCCAGGCCCCAAAGGCGAGCGUGGUUUCCCCGGAGAUGCUGGAAUACCUGGAUCACCAGGCUUCCCCGGUCCUCCUGGCCCCCCAGGCAUUCCAGGACAAAUAGAUUGUGAUACAGGUGUGAAAAGGCCCAUUGGAGGUGAUGGACAGGACGUCAUCCAGCCAGGUUGUGUUGGAGGGCCCAAGGGACUGCCAGGCCAGCCAGGAACCCCAGGCCCCAGAGGUGCCAAAGGCCAAAGAGGGAUGCCAGGAUUAUCAGGAGCUGAUGGACCACCAGGACUCAAGGGUCUCCCAGGAGAUCCAGGUCGUGAAGGGUUCCCAGGACCCCCAGGGUUCGUGGGACCCCGAGGAUCCAAAGGAGCUGUGGGCCUGCCUGGCCCAGAUGGGUUCCCAGGUUCCAGUGGCCCACCAGGGCCAGUCGGGCUUCCAGGGGACAGGGGCCUUCCUGGUGAAGUCCUGGGAGCCCAGCCGGGUCCCCGGGGAGAUGCUGGAUUGCCUGGACACCCCGGGCUGAAAGGUCUUCCAGGAGACAGAGGCCCACCUGGAUUCAGGGGAAGCCAGGGGAUGCCAGGAAUGCCAGGCCUGAAGGGUCACCAAGGCUUCCCAGGACCUUCAGGACAGCCAGGGCUGCCCGGGCCACCUGGCCAGCAUGGCUUCCCCGGAGCUCCUGGCCAGGAGGGGCCCUUGGGGCUGCCAGGUGCCUUAGGCUAUGGAGGUCUGCCUGGAGACAGAGGGGAACCAGGUGACACAGGUGUCCCUGGCCCUGUGGGCAUGAAGGGUGUCUUUGGUGAUAGAGGUGACCCUGGUUUGUUGGGUGAAAGAGGUCAUCCAGGAAACCCUGGAUUUAAAGGAAUAGCCGGAAUGCCUGGUAUCCCUGGACCAAAAGGGGGCAGAGGUUCACCAGGGAUGGAUGGUUUCCAAGGCAUGCUUGGGCACAAAGGAAGACCUGGGUUUCCCGGAAACAAAGGAGAGGCCGGAUUUUUCGGAGUUCCAGGGCUGAAGGGUCUGGCUGGUGAGCCAGGUGUGAAAGGAAACCGAGGGGACCCCGGCCCCCCAGGACCUCCUCCCAUUAUCCUGCCAGAAAUGAAAUACUUUAAAGGGGAGAAAGGAGAUGAAGGACCUAUGGGAUUGAAGGGAUACCUGGGCUUAAAAGGUACUCCAGGAAUGCCAGGGAUCCCGGGACUGUCGGGCGUCCCUGGGUUACCUGGGAGGCCCGGCUACAUCAAAGGAGUCAAAGGAGACAUCGGAGUUCCCGGCGUGCCUGGUUUGCCAGGAUUCCCCGGUGUGCCCGGCUCCCCCGGAAUAAUAGGGUUUCCAGGUUUCGUAGGAAGUAGGGGUGACAAGGGUGCUCCAGGGACAGCAGGUCUUUACGGCGAGCUUGGCCCCACGGGUGAUUUUGGUGAUAUUGGAGACACGAUAGAUUUACCAGGAAGCCCAGGCCUGAAGGGGGAACAGGGCAUCACCGGAAUACCAGGUCGAAAGGGAUUCUUUGGAGAAAAAGGAACAGAGGGUGACAUCGGCUUCCCCGGAAUAACAGGCAUAACAGGAGCCCAAGGCUCUCCUGGACUUAAAGGGCAAACAGGCUUUCCAGGACAGACAGGCCUGCGGGGGCCACAGGGAGAGCCAGGCCGGGUUGGAGUACCCGGCGAGAAAGGAGAUUAUGGCUGGCCAGGUAGUCCGGGCUUACCAGGUUUUCCGGGCGGCCGAGGCAUCGGUGGAUUACACGGCUUGCCGGGCACCAAAGGCUUCCCAGGAUCCCCAGGUGCAGACAUCCAUGGAGACCCAGGUUUCCCAGGGCCUGCUGGGGAAAGGGGUGACACAGGAGAGGCCAACACUUUUCCAGGCCCUUCCGGAGCCCCAGGACAAAAAGGGGAGCGAGGAAUUCCAGGGGACCGAGGCCCAGUUGGGAGUCCAGGACUUCAAGGGUUUCCAGGCGUCACACCCCCUUCCAACAUCUCUGGGUUACCUGGAGACAAAGGGGCACCGGGGAUAUUUGGCCUGGCAGGUUAUCGAGGCCCCCCAGGGCCACCUGGACCUGCUGCUUUCCCUGGAAGCAAAGGAGAUGAGGGGAACCCAGGAGCUCCGGGAAACCCAGGAACCAAAGGAUGGGGUGGGGACCCCGGGCCCCAGGGCCAGCCUGGAGUGUUUGGUCUCCCAGGAGAAAAAGGGCCCAGAGGUGAGCAAGGAUUCAUGGGAAACACAGGAACCACCGGGAGUGUGGGUGACCAAGGCCCAAAGGGACCCAAAGGAGACCGAGGACUCCCAGGUCCCCCUGGUCCUUUGGGAUCUCCGGGAAUUACAGGAAUCCCCCAGAAGAUUGCUGUCCAGCCAGGGCCUGCGGGUCCGCAGGGAAGGAGAGGCCCCCCGGGGGCACAGGGAGAGAUGGGGCCCCAGGGGCCCCCAGGAGAUCCAGGUUUCCCCGGGGCUCCAGGGAAGACAGGGCCCCAGGGAAGAGGCGGUGUGUCUGCUGUUCCCGGAUUCCGAGGAGACCAGGGGCCCAUGGGGCACCAGGGGCCAACUGGCCAGGAAGGGGAGCCAGGCCGCCCGGGGACCCCUGGCCUGCCCGGCAUGCCCGGCCGCAGUGUCAGCAUCGGCUACCUCCUGGUGAAGCACAGUCAGACGGACCAGGAGCCCAUGUGCCCCGUGGGCAUGAACAAGCUCUGGAGUGGAUACAGCCUGCUGUACUUUGAAGGCCAGGAGAAAGCCCACAACCAGGACCUGGGGCUGGCGGGCUCCUGCCUGGCUCGGUUCAGCACCAUGCCCUUCCUGUACUGCAACCCUGGUGACAUCUGCUACUACGCCAGCAGGAAUGACAAGUCCUACUGGCUGUCCACCACCGCCCCGCUGCCCAUGAUGCCUGUGGCAGAGGAUGAAAUCAAGCCCUACAUCAGCCGUUGCUCUGUGUGCGAGGCCCCCGCUGUGGCCAUAGCGGUCCACAGCCAGGAUGUGUCUAUCCCCCACUGCCCAGUUGGAUGGCGGAGUUUGUGGAUUGGAUAUUCCUUCCUCAUGCACACGGCUGCAGGGGAUGAAGGCGGCGGCCAGUCACUGGUGUCACCGGGCAGCUGUCUGGAGGACUUCCGCGCCACACCUUUCAUCGAGUGCAACGGAGGCCGUGGCACCUGCCACUACUUCGCCAACAAGUACAGCUUCUGGCUCACCACCAUCCCGGAGCAGAGCUUUCAAGGCUCGCCCUCCGCGGACACGCUCAAGGCCGGGCUCAUCCGGACGCACAUCAGCCGCUGCCAGGUGUGCAUGAAGAACCUGUGAUGCUCUGUGUUCACAGGGGCCGCCCCACCCAGACGCCUUUCUCUGCAGGUCGACGUGUGCCUGGGAGGGGCCACUUUGGUGCUUAUUCUUAACUUAUUACCUCAGCUGCUGACCCCCAAAUUGAUUUAUUUUUGUUUUCUUUAAAAAACAAACAAAAAGGCCACCAAAGGAAUUCAGUACCCACACUUAUACCAAAUAGCCCCUCAUCAUCCAUAGGCUCUGGCCACUGUCUCCGCUCUGCAGAAUGAAGCCCGCCUCUCCAACAUGGAAAGCUACUAACAGCCCCAGCACUCCCUGUCAGGCCAUACUAGACUAUUAUGCACUAGGUGUAGCUAACUUCUCAAUGUGUACCUACAUAGUCACCGCACUUUCGAAUGCCACAGGCAAUCCUCUUAUUUAACUCACUUAAUAGACAAGUAAAGCCAUACAGCCCAAGAGCUCCUGAACUCACUCACACUGUCCCCACAUCAGGGUCUCCGGCCCUGCUCUCUAGGCCAACAUAAUGACAACGUGAUCUUCCCAAAUACUGCUGAUGUGAACUAUCCUAAUCCCCUCAAAAAGGCCAAAAAGACUCUGAUAGUCACAUACCAGCUGUCAUUCCACUCAUCCUUGCAGACCAUGGGGUUUGGCAAUGGUCUGUAACAGAAGCAAAGACCUUAUAACUCUGCUGUCAGCCCCGAUACUUGAUGGCAAAGUCCAUAAACUUGGAAGUGACCUUUCCACUGCCCCCGGCCGUCCUGGAGAUUUACCUGCUAUUCUUUGUGGUGAAUUGUACUCCUGUGACUACUCUAACCUCUGUAAUGACCACAGAAUAAAAAUUAGUUUUGAACAUUUCUAUAC